AAAUAAGUGUCUAGGACAGCUAUCCAAUAACUAAAAAUCCCUUUUGUUCAUUGAAUAGUUCGUGUGAUAUUAUGGGAGAACGCAAAGUCCUGAACAAGUAUUAUUCUCCGGAUUUUGAUCCAAAGAAGAUACCUCGCCUCCGGAAACCGAACAACCUGCAAAAGAAGAUUCGAUUUAUGCUUCCGGUUCGUGUUCGGUGCAACACAUGUGGUGCUUACAUGUCUGAAGGCACUAAAUUCAAUUGCCGUGAAGAAGAAGUCAUCAACGAGACGUACCUAGGGAUUAAAAUCCACAGGUUUUAUAUCAAGUGCACCAACUGCUCGGCAGAGAUAACAAUCAAAACCGAUCCAAAGAACUCGGGUUAUGUUGUCGAAUCAGGUGCAAUUGGCCCUUAUAAUGGACACGAGGAGGAGGAAGACAAGCAUGAGGUAGCUGAAAACGCCUUGGAGUCGUUAGAGAAGAGAACUAAGGUAUCUAAAAGAGAGAUUGAAGUUAUGGCUGCGCUUGAUGAGAUGAAGUCUAUGAAGUCUAGACGAGCCUCGGUGAGCUUAGAAUCACUGCUUGAGGCUUUGAAUAGAAGAAAAAAACAAGAAGAAGAGAACGUGGAGGAAGAAUUGCUCAUUAAGUCUAUAAAAUUUGGUAAGCAGACUAGGAUUGAUGAAAAGAAAAACGAUGAGUCUUUAGAUGAGAAGAAGAAGAAGCCUAAGAGAUGUGUUAACGGUACAUCUUCCCUUCAAAUCUCUUCUGUUCGCAUAAUCUCGAAGAAGACCGCAGAGCUACCACGGGGACUCGAAUCUCUAUGUCAAAACUACGGCACAGACAGCGAUUAGGAGAAGUAAAUCCAUGUUUUUUAUCUACCUGCGGUUUCGAAUCUGGAUUUAGUUAAUGGGUUUUGCAUAGAUAUUUUGUUACACUGUCUUUCUAAUAAGUUUUUUGGGUUGAAUUGUAUGAGAUUGCAGGCAUUCUACAUUCUACAAUUAAGGUUACUGUAAAGUUUCAUUGA